AGCAUCCAAUUGUAGCGAUUUCAGGGAGAUAAUUCUAUCAAAACACGCUCGUCUGUUCGGCGUCGCACGAGGUUUCAUUCUGAUUGCAGCAAACCCGAUGGGCAGUCCAACAAUGGAGUUUGACCGGACUGCAGCCAUGAUCUCAGCCACCAUUGGUGUGGGGCUUGGCAUUGCUAUCGGCUGGGGUUUAAAGGGCCGUAAUUCAAAAGCAAUCACAAAAAACGUUUUGGAAGAUGUGACAGAAACUGUAAAAGUCAUGGGAGAUAGCAGGGACCGCAAAAUGGUGCUUGUGGUCAGAAAUGAUCUGAAGAUGGGAAAGGGGAAGAUUGCUGCUCAGUGUGCACAUGCAGCUGUAGGAGCUGUAGAGAAAGCCAGCCGAAAAGAUCCCAGCAAUCUUCGACAGUGGCGCCUUACUGGGCAACAGAAGGUUGUUGUCAAAGUAGAAGAUGAAGCCUCUUUGCUAGAUCUGGCAGAGAAAGCUAUAGCAUCAGGACUAGUUACCUGUCUCAUCAGCGAUGCUGGUCGUACACAGAUAGCUCCUGGUUCUAAAACAGUCCUUGGUGUUGGACCAGGACCUUGUGAACUGGUGGAUCAAGUGACUGGACAUUUAAAACUACUGUGAACUGUGUGCAUUUGUGUGUUGGGAAGGUAUAUGUGUACAUGUAUGAUGUAUGUAUCUUUUGUGAAUGCAGAUCUGUCCAUAAGUGUUAAUUUAUAUCCUGUAGCAAAGGUUUUUUUUCAAGUGCAAAUGGUCACCAACAAUCUCUCAUUCCUCAGUCUGCUACCACAAUGUCCACAGCACUAAAAUAGUCUUACUGGAUAUGGGAAAUCUUGAUGUUUACCUUGUUAGAUAGUGAUCGUUGAUGUGAUUGAACAUUUUUUUCUUGCUGAGACAACUCAUUGAUAUUUAUAAUAUUUUGGGGUCUGCCUAGGUGACCUUUGUGUCUUUCUUUGGUAGAACUCAGGCUGUGCUAGUGGAUGGCCAUCUAUUGGCAAGCACACCUUUGGGAUCCCUCAGAAUUUGUUUAUGCACAAAGCUUUUAUCUCUGUUGGUUUGGUCUUAUGCUAUUUCCAGUCAAUUCUUUGCCUAUAAAGCUCAUCUCUACAGUUCUGUCUCAUCUUAGAUGUCACAAACUGCUUUUCAGAAUUAAGAAUCAUGCAUCUUAGAGGUGAAAUUUUGGAUGGUUGCAAACAAUUUACAACUUAAUGAUAAUAAAAAUAAUAAAAAGUUGGCUUCUAUAGCACCUUAUUCUCCCCCGUGGACAAGCUCAAGGCUCUUCACUGCUGAAUGAAAUGAUAAGUGCACUUCACACUUUGGCAGAUGGGGUGGUCCAAAGACAUCUGUGGGCUGUACUUUGCCCACCCUUGUAAUAGAGGCUAAUGAAGCCAUUAGGGGUGAACCUACAUCAUGUCUACUUAAUGAUACCUAAAGCUAGUAUGUUAAUAAUAAAUAGCUAAGGGAAUCGUAUAUUGUCAACCAUCACUAGACAUGAGUGUACAUUAAAAAAUAAAAUUGACUUCCCGCAUUACCAGUCAAAAUGGACAUGUUAAGAAUUUUUAUUAUUGUACAUUAAAUGGACAGAUAAGAGUAUGUUUGUAUACAAAAGGGGAGAGAGUGAUGCUGAUAGAAAAUGAUAUGCACUCACUUGCUUGUAAAGUUUCUAAUUAAUGUUGGCUUUGAAAGGUAUGCAAUUUGUCAAGUUUAUUUUUUUGAGAGUUUAUGAACCUACAAAUUCGAUGUUUUGACCAGUUUUACAUGCAGACCACACUUUCUUGGUGAGUUGUAUGUUCUGCAUUUGUCUGUAUCUGUACUUGAAUACAUUUCUUUAAUUCAG